CAGAAGUGCCCCGUGGGAUGAGGGAGAGGACGGCCAGUCAGGCAAAGGUUAGGGGAGGGAAGCGAAGGCAGAGGCCCAGAACGGCUCCGGGAAAUGUUUGUAUUUCUCCACCAGGAGGGAGGACAAACACGCUUUUCUGAUGCCUUCUGGGUAGCUUUGCACAGCCUCUAGCAUAGAGUGAGUCUGAGGAGGAAGAGUGAAGCUGAAAAUAAAAAUUAUUGCGGGGCUGGACCCAGCGACUCCUUUACAGCAUGAAUCUCAUUGGACCCGCCUGCUGCCUCCCAAAAGUGACCACUUAGACAACACUGCACGCCUUUCUCAGCCUUGCCUGGCUACAGGCUUUGCCUCUGGGGGAGACAGGCAGCCUGUGACCCAGGCUCCAGAGAAGGGACAACACGGGGCCUCUGGCUUCCUGGCUGGAGUUUCUCUUCUCUGUGCCCCAGCAGCAUCCACCCACCUGGGUGGGACCUGCAUCCGGGGUGAUGAAGUCCGACCUGCAGCAGCUGGGUGAGUGGUAGCAUUCAGAUAAGCAUCUGUGCCUCUGUGGGGACUCUGGGACCGCUCGGCUCCCAGGACACUUGUCCUCUCCUGUCAUGUACAACGGAUCGUGCUGCCUCAUAGAGGGGGACCCCAUCUCUGGGGUGAUGCCCCCUCUGCUCAUUCUGGCCUUUGUGCUGGGUGCCCUGGGCAACGGGCUGGCCCUGUGCGGCUUCUGCUUCCACAUGAAGACCUGGAAGCCGAGCACUAUUUACCUUUUCAACUUGGCUGUGGCUGAUUUCCUCCUCGUGGUCUGCUUGCCCCUUCGGACAGACUAUUACCGCAGACAGCGACACUGGGCUUUUGAGGACAUACCCUGUCGGGUGGUGCUGUUCAUGCUGGCCAUGAACAGGGCUGGGAGCAUAAUCUUCCUCACGGUGGUGGCUGUGGACAGGUAUUUCAAGGUGGUCCACCCCCACCAUAUGGUAAACACCAUCUCUAACCGGACAGCAGCUGGCAUUGUCUGUGCCCUUUGGACCAUGGUCAUCCUGGGGACUCUGUACCUUUUAAUGGAGAACCACCUGUGUGUGCAAGAGAAGGCCGUGUCUUGUGAGAGCUUCAUCAUGGAGUCUGCCAAUGGCUGGCACGACAUCAUGUUCCAGCUGGAGUUCUUUUUGCCUCUAGGUAUCAUCUUGUUCUGUUCCUUCAAGAUUGUUUGGAGCCUGAAGCAGAGGCAGCAGCUGGCCAGACAGACUCGGAUGAAGAAGACAAUUCUGUUCAUCAUGGUGGUGGCUGUCGUGUUUGUCACAUGCUACCUGCCUAGCGUGUUGGCCAGACUAUAUUUCCUCUGGACAAUGCCCUCGAGCACCUGCAAUGCCUCUGUCCACGUAGCCCUUCAUGUCACCCUCAGUUUCACCUACAUGAACAGCAUGCUGGAUCCCUUGGUGUAUUAUUUUUCAAGUCCCUCAUUUCCCAAAUUCUACACUAAGCUCAAAAUCCGCAGUUUGAGACCCAAGCACCCAGGACAUUCAAAGACACCGAGGCCGGAGGAGAUGCCAAUUUCAGACCUCUGUCGCAAGAGUUGCAUCAGUGUGGCAAAUAGUUUCCAAAGCCGGUCCGAUGUUCGCUGGGAUCUCCAAAUGUGUUGAAUGGCACUAAGGAAACAGACCAACAACUUCUAGAAGGACAGAUUGGCAACUUAGAAUUAAUUCAUGCUAAAGGGUAGGGGUUUUGAAAAUGUCGCCACCCUUUCUGAGCUGUACCCUCAGUCUGUUGGAUAUAAAACGCAUAGGACUAUAGUUUUUUGGAAGUUCCCAGUUGACUAAAGUGAGUCAGUUGUAUUUAUAUGAUGUAAUUACAGUGGUAAGGGAUUAUAUGAGAUGUUGGGGGAGUUAGCAAUUGCACAGCUCCUGUGUGAGUUUAAAUGGCUGAAUAAAUAGGGUAUAAGAGUUUAAAUGGUUCAUGUUCUUUUUCUGGGGGGUGAUCUCUUUAAGUUAAUGAACUUAAAGAGUUAUCAGUAUCUCCUAUCCUCUGACCUUAAAUCUUUACUUCUCUUGGAAAAUAGAAUCUGGGCUAAGUCAAUACUUCUAUUUCAGGCUGUGUGAGGCUCUUUUGAUGGGGACGUCUUGGUCCUGGUGGUUCCAUAUUCACAGGGUCCCAUACGUGCAUUUCUUUGUCAUUGUUUUCACUUCUCUGGCAGCCCAGGAAUAAGAGCCAAACAAUCUGCUCUGACCUUCUUCCAGCUCCACAUUUUUCUGCAGGUCUUUGCAUUUCUAAGAAGGUGCUGAGGGAUAUGUUUACCUGCCCUGGUUUCUCCAGUGGGAUGUGCUGAGUCCAGUAUAACUGCUUUUGACUGCUUGCUCUGUGACUGUGAAUUGAAAUUAUUCAUUCAUUUAUUCUCUAAGUAAUCACUGAAUUUGUAUUUAGUGUCAGGCGUGAUGCUUGUGUUCUUUUUACCUGGAGGGUCAUUAAUCAACUCUCACGUGACAGCAAAUUUUCUCAGGUGGCAACCAGAGAAGUUGAGGACUUUCACCCUUUCAUGAAAUAUAGUUUCUAGACUGUUCUGUGCAAACAUCAGUUUUACCCUCUUAUUGCAAGACUGCUUUAUGCACGAGUUUCCAAGAUACGUACCCCGAGCCCUCAAAACUAGAUGACUUUGUGAAAUGACAGGCUGCCCCUGCCCUGAAUUGGGGGUGGGGGGAUGGAGCAAAAUUCUGAGCCAGACUUAGUUCCUCUCUUAAGCUACAAAGUGGUGGAAGUUGUUCUUGACUCCUUUUUUUAUGCUCUCUCAAAAUUCCCAGGCUAUUCUCCUCAUGUAAGAACCUUGCCAUCUUCUAGUUCUUGGGCCUCAAAAAACCUGUAGAGGCUGCCUCUAUUUUUUUUUUUUUUUUUCCAGAAGCAGGGAUGAAAAGCAUAGGCUUCAGAGAGUCAAACAAAUCUAAGUUUGAAUCCCAGCUCCACCACUUACUAGCUGUGUGACCUCUGGGCAGAUUUUAUGUAAUCGGCUAUAGCUUCAAUCUCUUUGUCUGUCAAACAUUAAUGCUGACUUCAAAGGGUCGUUGGGUGGAUUCAAUGAAUGUACAAUCCUGAAAGGAAAGGACUUUGUUCACUGUUAUACCCUGGGUCUCUGAAAAAGCUCCUGCUCAUAGUAGGUAGUUAAUAAAUAUUUGCCAAAUGAAUGUAUGAAUAAACUAAUGUAAAGCAUUAUCCACUGUGCCUGGCGGUAAGUGCUCCAUGUUGUGAUUUAUUAUACCAACAUAUUUCACACUUAUAGAAACUGAGGCUCAGAAGUUAUUUCCUUUGGGGCUCAGAGACCUAAUUAGCUGCUCCAUUACCAUGCCUGAAUUCCCCUCCUCCCCAGCUCCCUGGGGAGGAGCGAAAAGCAAGAAUUCUUAUCAGCAUCAAAAAGAACCAUACAUCCUAGCUGGCAUUGUGGUGGGCGCCUAUAGUCCCAGCUACUUGGGAGACUGAGGGAAGAAAAUCGCUUAAGCCUAAGAGUUUGAGGUUGCUGUGAGCUGUUACACCACGACACUCUACCGAGGGUGACAUAGUGAGACUCUGUGUCAAAAAAAUAAAAUAAAAAGAACCAUAUAUCCUCCCAAUAGAAACCUGUGAAAACUCACACUUCUGCUUUUAAUUCUAUUCUUAAUUAUAAUUCUCUUCUGGGCUGUUCAUUUGUUGUCCAU